CAAUUUUGCAUGAGGUGGUGGAACACUUCCACCAAAAACUCACCACCAAAGAAGGCAUAGUCCAAUAACGGAAAACAAUUUUUCACAGAAGAAUUCCUUAUUCUGCUUUAAAUUCCUUCUCAGGCGAUUUUCUUCCGUUGGCUACUGUUCCAACAUAGAGGAUAAAGAGGUCUAUUGCAUGCGUUUCUCAAACGUGUAGAUUUUUUAUAUGACAAAUGCACCCUCAGUCCCUUGCAGGCCUUUCAUGCUCCGUUUUAGAACAGCUUUUGUGUGACUGGGUGCAUGAACUAGCACAGCAGUUCCACCGAUCUGCUAAGCUUUCUUUGCAGGAGUGUCCUGCCUGCAAAAGUCGCUGCCGGCAAUUCUGUUCACGGUCGGGUUUCGAUAUAUUCGCCAAUUCCAUUCAGACGCCGAGCACCGUCCCAUAUUAUAACUGUGAGGGGUGCGGACGACAGAUUGCUGCAUCCCGAUAUGCAGCGCAUUUGGAGAAGUGCAAAGGCCGCACACAUUCUGUCACUAGCUUCACCGAGUACAAUGAGGAUGACAGUGAACAGGAAACAUUUCAGCGACACAAGCGGAAGAAGCGCAAGGCCAAUACGAAUUCCACCUAAAAGUACAUUACCUUGGUAAGACACAUUGCAUCAUUAACGAUUCUGAAUGAAUGAACCAUCGUCACCUAGCAAAUAACUUUCGGUCCAGAUCGACUAGCUAUAUCACUUGUUGAUUCUUUAUCGUUUCACUUUGUGUAGAUCGUGGUUAAUUUUAAAAUUUAUGAUUUUGAAGUAGAUUGUUUGAUGUGGUA